AUGAAACUCGCAAAGUCGAAGAAAAAGAGAUCAAAAUCAAAAGAAUUUGGAUCGAAAGAACAGGAAAUCCUAGCCGAAUUCAAGGGUUACAAACGACCUCAGGGGAUGACAGAAUCGAUUGGUUAUCCACCACAUAAACGAUUAUUAUUCCUCGGUGACUACGUGGACAGAGGAGAUUACAGCUUGGAAACUAUUACCAUGUUACUCGCGUUCAAGUUACGAUUCCCCAAAGAGGUCUAUUUACUUCGCGGAAAUCACGAAACCAGAUGUGUGAACAGACAGUAUGGUUUUUUUGACGAAUGCAAGAAGAAAUUCCCACGAAAAGGUCUGUGUGCUCAUGUAUGUCGCCGCAGUGGGUCUAGAGCGUGUGAACGUAGGCUCUAA